CUAGGUCUUUGGCAAAAAGACUUUCUACCGAUCGAUUGUGGUCGAAAAUGGGUGCGAGAUCAAUCGUCGCGAUCCUCUUUCUGUUCCUAGCCUUCCGUUCAGGCGUCGACGCGGCAAGCAAGCGGAUCCGUGACCGCCACCCAUGCAAGCGGCUCGUGUUCUUCUUCCACGACAUUCUCUAUGAGGGGAACAAUGCGAAGAACGCGACCUCGGCCAUCGUGGGCUCCCCGGACUGGGCGAACCGGACGAUUUUGGCUGGGCAGAGCCAUUUCGGCGAUUUGGUCGUGUUCGACGACCCCAUCACUCUGGACAAUAAUUUGCACUCGAAGCCUGUUGGGCGUGCCCAAGGGUUCUACAUCUAUGACAAGAAGGAUGUCUUCACGGCUUGGCUUGGCUUUUCCUUUGUGUUUAAUUCCACCCAGCACAAGGGCAGCUUGAACUUUGCUGGGGCUGACCCUCUGAUGAACAAGACUAGGGACAUCUCGGUAAUCGGCGGCACCGGCGACUUCUUCAUGGCCCGUGGCGUGGCCACUCUGAUGACAGACUUGUUCGAGGGGGACGUUUACUUCCGGCUUCGCGUCGAUAUCAAGUUGUACGAAUGUUGGUAGCGGAAUGAUUGAUGCGCCGACCUUGUCAAGAUCCAAGGGAAGGCAACGUGCACAAUUGAAGCGGAAGAGGAGACAAGUAACGACAUUUUCAAAUAAAGUUCUCCAAAUUUAUGUUCCCUUUUGAUGAAGUUUUUCUAGUGAUAUGUUAGCUGUUUGUAUUUGUAUUUUUUUUCUCAUUGGUAUGCUAGUUAUUUGUGAGCUGGUCCCACAGCAUCAUAUGGCUUUGGUCCAA